GACGCCGACAGAAAUGUGAUAUUGAAGCGAGCUGAAGUUACGCCACUCGGCCCGGAGAGGACCGUCUUUUUGGAGAAGGAAGCGGCCGCGCGAGUGUGGUGGCCACCAUGGAAAAUGUCAGUGAAGACACCAAAAUGAACCCGGCGGCGUCGGCGAACUUUGUGUCCAAGAUAUUAUUCUGGUGGCUCAACCCUUUGUUUAAACUCGGGCGCAAGCGCAAGCUGGAAGAAGAUGACAUGUACGAAGUGCUCGCGGAGGACAGGUCGGAGAGACUGGGACAGGAUCUGCAGAGAUACUGGAAUCUUGAGCUGGAGAAGACGACGACCAAUAAGCCAGCCAGCUUGUCGAAGUGCAUCAUUCAGUGCUACUGGAAACCAUAUGCAGUGCUGGGCUUCUUCACUCUGGUUGAAGAGGUCAUCAAAGUGAUCCAGCCCAUCUUUUUAGGGAUCAUUAUCCGGUACUUUGAGAGUUACGACCCAUUGAACACAACGGCUUUUCACAAGACUCUCGGCUACGCGGCCGGCAUGUCUUUGUGCAGCUUCGGCCUGGUCCUGCUCCACCACCUCUUCUUCUUUCACGUCCAGAGGUCGGGCAUGAAGAUCAGAGUGGCCAUGUGUCACAUGAUCUACAACAAGGCUCUGCGUCUCAGUAGUUCAGCCAUGGGAAAGACCACCACGGGUCAGAUCGUCAACCUCCUCUCCAACGACGUCAACAAGUUUGAUGAUGUGACGGUCUUCCUUCACUUCCUGUGGGUGGGGCCCCUCCAGGCAGUGGUGGUGGUGGGCCUGCUGUGGCAGGAGAUCGGCCCGUCGUGCUUUGUGGGCAUGGUGGUCCUCAUGGUCCUGAUGCUUACGCAGACCAUGUUCGGAAUGGCUUUCUCCAAUUACAGGAGUAAGACGGCGGUCCUCACUGACGACCGGAUCCGCAUCAUGAACGAGGUGUUGUCUGGCAUGCGGAUCAUUAAGAUGUACGCCUGGGAGAAACCCUUUGCCGUUAUGGUGUCUAAGGUCAGAAGGAAGGAGAUCUCCAUGAUCAUGAAGAGCUCCUACCUGCGAGCCCUUAACAUGGCCUCCUUCUUCAGCACCAGCAAGGUUAUCAUCUUCAUCACCUUUACCCUCUAUGUCCUGCUGGGGAACACCAUCACAGCCAGCCGCGUGUUUGUGACGGUGUCGCUGUACGCCGCCGUGCGGCUCACCUGCACGCUCUUCUUCCCCAAUGCUAUCGAGAAGCUGUUCGAGACCCGAGUCAGCAUCCUCAGGAUUCAGGAGUUCCUGAUGCUGGAUGAGAUUGUAAAAAGCAACGGUGAACUGCCACUUGGUGGGGUAAAGGAUGCUGCAGUGGUGAUCCAGGACCUGGUCUGCUCCUGGGAAAAGAGUGUGGCAACUCCCUCUCUGAAGAUCCUCUCCCUCACUCUGCGCUCCAACCAGUUGUUGGCUGUGAUUGGACCAGUUGGAGCUGGAAAGUCAUCGCUACUGAGCACCAUCCUUGGAGAGCUGCCCGUAAAAGAAGGGGUGCUGGAGGUCAAAGGUCAGCUGACAUACGCCUCCCAGCAGCCCUGGGUGUUCCCUGGAACCAUCCGCAGUAACAUCCUGUUUGGGAAGGCGCUCGACCCCCAGAAGUAUGAGAGAGUCCUCCGAGCCUGCGCUCUGAAGAGGGACCUGGAGCUGCUCCCAGACGCAGACCUGACUCUGAUCGGGGACCGAGGGGCCACACUCAGCGGGGGACAGAAAGCUCGCGUCAACCUGGCGAGGGCUGUGUACCAGGACGCAGACAUCUACCUCUUGGACGAUCCUUUGAGCGCUGUGGAUGCCGAGGUCGGGAGACACCUCUUUGAAAAGUGCAUCUGUGGCUUCCUGAAGAACAAACUUCGGAUCCUGGUCACCCACCAGCUGCAGUACCUGCAGUCAGCCGACCAGAUUGUGGUCCUGAGGAAGGGUGAAAUAGUGGCAAAGGGGAAGUAUGCAGAGCUUCAGCGGUCUGGCGUGGAUUUCACCGCCCUGCUGAAAGAGGAGGACCAGCAGCCUCCUCAAGACAGCCUGGCCAGGAACAGAACUCUGUCCGAGAACUCUGUGCGCUCACAUACCUCCUCCGGUAGUAGCAAAGACGACCAGCUACCGGCAGAGACGGUGCAGAUGGUAGAAGAGGAGAGUCGUGCUCAGGGAAACAUUGGAGUGGGUCUGUACGUCACAUACCUGAAAGCUGGAGCCAGCGUCGUGGUUCUGCUUACCGUCAUACUGAUGAACAUUCUGUCUCAGGUAGUAUACAUCCUGCAGGACUGGUGGCUGGCUCACUGGGCCAACGAGCAGGAUAAGCUGACCACCAACAGCACGGGCCUCCAGAACGCACUGAAUGCCACAGUGGAGCUGGAUACCAACUUCUACCUGAGUGUUUAUGGAGGUUUGACUGGUUCUAUCGUAGUCUUCGGCUUCAUCAGGAAUCUUUCCCUGUUCCACGUGCUGGUGAAGUCUGUACAGACUCUGCACGACCGCAUGUUCAACUCCAUACUCAGGACACACGUGCGCUUCUUUGACAUCAACCCUAUUGGACGAGUCUUGAACAGGUUUUCAAAAGACAUCGGCCAGCUGGACACUAGCAUGCCGUGGACCUUUGUGGACUCCUUUCAGGUGUUCCUUCAGGUUAUCGGGGUGAUCUGUGUGGUGGUGUCCGUGAUCCCCUGGAUCAUCAUCCUAGUGCUGCCCCUGCUCGGCAUCUUCCUCUCCUUGCGUUACUACUUCCUGCAAACCUCCAGAAACAUCAAACGCCUCGAGUCCACCACUCGGAGUCCGGUGUUCUCCCACCUGUCCUCGUCUCUUCAGGGCCUGUGGACCAUCCGGGCCUUUGGAGCAGAGGGGCGGUUCCAGAAAAUCUUCGACGCUCAUCAGGACCUGCACUCCGGGGCCUAUUUCCUGUACCUGACCACCUCUCGCUGGUUCGCCAUCCGCCUCGACGGCAUCUGCGCCCUCUUUAUUUUCAUCACCACCUUUGGCUGCCUGCUGUUCAAAGACCAGCUGGAUGCUGGCUCCGUUGGUCUGGCUCUGACCUACACUGUCACACUGAUUGGGAUGUUCCAGUGGGGGAUGAGGCAGAGUGCAGAGGUGGAGAACAUGAUGACGUCAGUGGAGAGAGUGGUGGAGUACAGUGAACUGGAGAGUGAAGCACCCUGGGAAACCCAGAAGCGGCCUCCUCCCAAUUGGCCCAACAAAGGCCUGGUGACCUUUGACCAGGUCAGCUUCUCCUACAGCAGUGAUGGACCACUGGUUCUGCAAAACAUGACUGCAAUGUUCCGGCCCAAAGAGAAGGUUGGCAUCGUGGGUAGAACGGGUGCUGGGAAAAGCUCUCUGGUCUCGGCUCUGUUCCGCCUGUCCGAGCCUCAGGGUAAGAUCUACAUCGACGGUGUUCUGACCUCUGAGAUCGGCCUCCACGACCUGCGCCAGAAGAUGUCCAUCAUUCCUCAGGACCCGGUGCUGUUUACAGGCUCCAUGAGGAAGAACUUGGACCCUUUCAACCAGCACAGUGAUGAAGACCUGUGGAAGGCUCUGGAGGAGGUGCAGCUGAAGUCUUUGCUGGAGGAGCAGCCGGGGGGGUUGGAGACGGUUCUGGCCGAGUCGGGCUCCAACUUCAGCACGGGCCAGAGGCAGCUGGUGUGUCUGGCCAGAGCCAUCCUGAGGAAGAACCGCAUCCUGGUGAUCGACGAGGCCACGGCCAACGUGGACCCCAGGACAGAUGCGCUGAUCCAGAAAACCAUACGGGACAAGUUCAACAAAUGCACCGUGCUCACUAUCGCUCAUCGCCUCAACACCAUCGUAGACAGCGACAGGAUACUGGUUCUAGAUGCAGGGAUAAUUCAUGCCUAUGAUGAGCCUUACACCCUGCUGCAAGAUCCAAAUGGGAUCUUCUACAAAAUGGUGCAGCAGACUGGCAAGCAGGAGGCGGCCGCUCUGCUCCAGGCAGCGAAACAGGCGUACGACAGCAGAAGCCGUCGCAGCAUACCAAACGGACACGCAGAAACGGCAGACUGUAACCUGGUUAUCUUUGAGACCGCCCUGUGAGCUUCUGACUCGCCAGAAGACUUAAAGUGCCUGGGCUCGUACUGCGCCCCCUCAGCCUCUGUGGAUAACACACAGGGCCGGAUAGGAAGGCCUUAUCCACCCAGCAGGUUAGGAGGCCUCACUGUGACCUUGAACGGUGUUAAGCUGUUUCCUACAAGUGGAGAGAGCUUGAAAAUCAUUGCUCUGAAAAAACCUGUUGAAAUGGAUCACUUUUUAUUUUGUAUGCUUAAUAUUUAUCGUAUGUUAAAAAUUGCCUCGGAUGAAUUAUUUUUAAAUGCCCGCAUAAUCCUUACAAAACCUGUAAAUGCCUUAUUUCAAGUUGGCAGCACUUUGUACAUGUUGAUUUAACCAAUAGCAGCACUUGUAUGGACCCACAGUGGUAUUUUGCACAUUACUAAUAACUAAGAAAAUAAAAGUGCUUUGUACGUUGUGGUUCCAGCCUUUCAAGCUACAGGUCAGGUGACCUAGAACUCGGCUGCUACGACUUAGAAUGAGAUUGUUCUGUACAAAUCUCACUGAAGUAUCGGCAAGUGUUUUGACAAACUUUGAAUAAAGUUCUCAGUUAAAAUCUCUUUUUUUUUUUAAAUUAAUUUUUUUAUGGGACUGUUUACAAUAAUAAACAUGAAUUAGCAACAGA